AUGCGUAAAGUGAGAAAUGUGCGAGCAAUGCUGAAGCAGAUACUAAACGUGGCCGCCGAAGAGAUAUUCCAAGUGUUUGAGAGGACCAUCGAGGAGUACGAGGAGGAACUUUGUCGCAGCAAAGAGGAGAACGAGCGACGACAACGCAAACUGCUGGACGCUCUUCUCAAGCCUCGUGUUCCACUUCAUACAACAGACGUGCAGAAGACGUCACUGCGGGGUCAAGAAGAAGAUGACGACGACGACGUUCCAUCCCAAUGGGAGGAGCCAGCAGAGCCCCCCCACAUUAAAGAGGAAGUGGAGGACGUGUGGAACGGUGGGAAUGAGGAGCAGCUUCGAGGCGUGGAGGAGACCGGUGUCGCUACGUUGCCGUCGACUGAGCGUGAAGAUGGUGGUCAGCUUUCAGAACGUCGUCACCCUCAAAGUGAGGAAAACAGAAGCGGGGGCACAAGCUCAAGUCAACGUGUGAAAACGGAAGGCGGAGGACAACACGGUGACAGAUCGCAAGCAGGCAGCAUUGCUCCACUAUCAAAUAUGGAUGAUGCGAUGGAGUGCGGCUCCAGUGUGAAGCAGGAGGAGCCCCUCCGCAUUAAAGAGGAGGAUAUGAAUGGGGAGCAACUCCAAAGGCUGAAGAAAGACGCUGAUGUCCCCGCGUUCGCACUCACCGCUGAAGGUCAAAAAAAGAGUCACAUGAAGCAGCACAUGAAAAGACACACUGACGAUAAACCUUUUUCCUGCUCGGUGUGCGCCAAGCAAUUCCGCCAAAAGUCUCACGUGGGCAAGCACAUGAGAACACACGCUGCUGAAAACCAUUUUGCCUGUGCAAAUUGUACAAACAGCUACACCAGUAUAAAUGACCUCAUAUCUCACUGGGCGACACACAUUGAGGAGAAUCCUUCGACCGCUAGCAGCUCAAGUCAACUUUUGACAAAAGAAGCUGAUGGAGAAGGCAGCCAAGGCUCACAAACAGGCAAUAUUGCUCCACGAUCACAAAUGGACGGCCCAAUGGAGUGCGGCUCCAGUGUGAAGCAGGAGGAGCCGGCGGAGCCCCCGCACAUCAAAGAGGAAGCGCAGGACGUGUGGAGCAGUCAGAAUCGGGAGCAGCGUCGAGGUUUGGAGGAGGUCUGUGUCACUACGUUGCCGUUGACCAGUGUCUUCGUGAAGCUUGAAGAAGAUGGAGGUCAGUCCUCACGGCCUCAUCACAGUAAAAGUGACAAGAAGUCGAGUCGACACAUGACAAAAGAAGCCGACUCAAAACACGGCACCACGUCACACUCUUCUGACGCCGAUGACCACGCCAAAAAUCCUUUGGAGACUGAUAAGAACUCCGAAGACGUGCAAGCAGUUGUUGGCGCAGAGUCGAAAAGAAGUGGUUCCCUCCGAGCCAGUCUAGAUAACCUCACGUCGCACAUGAAAACCCACGUCGAGGAGAAUCCUUCAGCCUCCGGCAGCUCAAGUCAGCGCUUGACGACAGAAGCUGAUGGAGAACACUGCGAAGAUCUUGAAAAAACACACAAGAGCACACAUGGCUGA